GUGAGCUUGUCCUUGCUGAAAAGCAAGCCGUGAAACUUUACCUUUAUUAGUUAAGUGUGACGUGCCCCUUUUUAUUACUGGCAAAUACAUAAAAAUUGUAUUUGAAAUCUCAUUUACUAUAUAUUUUUUUGAAUAUGACUAAUUCUACUUUUAUUCUUGAUAACGGUGCUUGCACAGCAAAAGUUGGUUUAGCCAACGAGACACCCAAAUUUGUCCCGAAUUGCAUAAUGAAAGCAAAGAGUGAACGUCGUAGACCUUUCAUUGGAAAUCAAAUCGAAGAAUGCAGAGACGCCUCUGGACUAUUUUAUAUUUUACCUUUUCAGAAAGGUUACCUAGUGAAUUGGGACAUUCAAAAAACUGUAUGGGACUAUAUGUUUUCAAAAGACUCUUGUUCGGUUAAUUUAAAUCAGUUAUCUGUAAUAGUGACCGAACCUGUAUUUAAUUUUCCAAGUAUUCAAGAAGCUAUGACAGAGAUCUUCUUUGAGGAAUACGAAUGUCACAGUCUCUUAAGAAUAAAUGCAGCAAGUCUUUCGUGUUAUAAUUAUAGAAUGGAGUAUCCUACUACAAAAUGUUGUAUAGUAGUAGAUAGUGGUUAUAGUUUUACACACAUUAUCCCUUAUGUUAAUGAUGCAAAAGUAAAGGAAGGAAUACGAAGGAUAGAUGUAGGUGGCAAACUUUUAACAAAUCAUCUGAAAGAGAUCAUAUCUUAUCGUCAGCUGCAUGUUAUGGAUGAAACGUAUGUGAUUAAUCAAGUGAAAGAAGAUUGUUGUUUUGUAUCGCAAGACUUCUUUAAGGAUAUGGAACAAGCCAGAUAUAAAUUAGAGAAUAAUGUUAUUAUUAAAGAUUACGUUUUGCCAGAUUAUACGACUCUUCGACGUGGAUAUCUUAAAGAUCCUGAACCAUCUAACGAGCAGCAAAUAUUACGUUUGACUAAUGAGAGAUUUGCAAUACCAGAAAUAUUAUUUCAUCCGUCAGAUGUUGGCAUUCGACAAAUGGGUAUUCCAGAAGCCAUUAUGGAUUCCAUAAAAGCUUGUAGUGAAGAAACAUGGCCCCAUUUUCUAUCCAAUAUUAUUCUUACUGGUGGUAAUACAAAGUUUCCAGGAUUUAAAGACAGAGUGUACAAAGAAGUUAGAAGUUUAGCUCCAGCUGAAUAUUCUGUCAACGUCUAUUUACCACAAAAUCCAGUUACUUAUGCGUGGUUUGGUGGAAAAAAACUUUCAGAAGACACAAUAUUUCCUAAUCUUUUAGUGACAAGAGAAGAAUAUGAGGAAGAGGGAUCAUCUCUGUGUUUUGAGAAAUUUGACGUAUAA